UUUAAAUAACUGUCAUUUGCCGGGCGUGGUGCGGCUGCGCGGUGCGUCAAACAAGUUUUGGUUUUGGUUUGGCUUUGCUUGAAUACUUUUCCGUUCAAGUGAGUAAGACGGUGUAGCGAAAUUAUGUUUGGUGCAAAUAUAACCAAUAUUUAUGUAACUACUGUAUAAAAUUCAAUGAAAACUUUAAUAAACUUAAAGUGCUGCGAUUGAUUUAUUAUUUGAUUUUUUUUUAAAUAGAAAACAUUACAAAGGCAAGCGUUUCCAUGGGCGUUAACUUCAGGCGACUAAACUUAUAAGACUGAACUAUGAAUCUCAUAGUUAAACAUAUAAUAUCAAUAUAUUUAAUACAAUUAUGUCUCGCACAAGAGUAUGCUACACCAACAUACAAUCCAGACAAUCAAGUGAACCCAACGAAUGACUAUUUAAACACAAAUGAUCCAAGAUACAACAUUAACGAUCCGAGAUAUGACAAUCCAUAUGAUCCAAAUCGACGAAACAGGAACCAGUAUGAUGUGAACCAAUAUGAUCCAAAUAGGAAUACAUAUAAUAAGGAUCAAAGGUAUAAUCCAUAUGACAAUAGAAAUGAUCAAGGGUAUGUGAACCAGUAUGGGGAGAAUACUGAGAAUACUCCACGACCAUCAUCGUCAUGGGGAGGCAGUCGUACAUACAGCACUUCUUACAAAACUGCUGAAUUGGAACAUGAUAGUGUUAUCAUUAAUGAGGCAACAUAUUUCAUAGUAGCAUCCCGCAUGGUCAGGCCGGGACAGAUAUACAAGAUAUCGGCAAAUAUAUUAAGAGCGCGCCUGCAGAUGACCAUCAGAGCGUCAAUAUCCUGCAAUGGAGUGGAGAUUGCUGACGUCAUUGAAAAAGUUAAAGAAGGAGUACCUGAAAUAUUAAAUAUGAGAGUGCCUCCGACAUCAGUGCCCGGCGACUACAAGUUGCGCGUGGAGGGUCUGUUCCUGGACGACCCCUUUGGUGGGCGGGCCUUCGUCAACGAGACGGAGCUGUCCUUCUCCAAGCGGUUCAUGACCAUCUUCAUACAGAUGGACAAACCUGUCUACAUGCAGAGCCAAACUGUGAAAUUCCGCGUGAUUCCAAUAAACACUGAGCUGAAAGCGUUCGGCAGAGCGAUCGACGUCUACAUACUCGACCCCAACCGACGCAUCAUGAAGAGGUGGCUGUCAAGACAGAGCAACUUCGGCACAGUGAGCCUGCAGUACCCGCUGUCGGACCAGCCGCUGUUCGGCGAGUGGCUGGUGCGCGUGGAGGCGCUCGGCCAGGUGGAGGAGGCGCAGUUCCUCGUCGAGGAGUACUACCAGACCAGGUUUGAGGUGAACGUGACGAUGCCGGCGUUCUUCUUCAACACGGAGCCGUACAUCCACGGGCGCAUCAUGGCGAACUACACGUCGGGCGCGCCGGUGCGCGGCAACCUCACGCUGCGCGCCACGCUGCGGCCCAUCCCGCAGUACCGGCCGCGCCACUACACGCAGGGACAGUUCAACAACCGCGGCCCCUACGGCUCCAUUGUCACGGACCAGUAUACCAGAGUGCGUCCGAACUACAACCCGUACCUGUACAACGAGACGGGCUAUGUGUCGUACGAGUACGCAGGCGCCGGACAGGACGAGUACGGGCGGCCGAUCAACUACCGUCCCGGCCAGCCCAACCAGAUCGACCAGCCCGACUGGUGGUACGACCCGCAGAAGGUCUACACGCGGAUGUUUAACUUUGAUGAAAAAUAUCCAUUCUGGAUGCCCAAGCCGGACCCGAUAGAGUUCGCGAAUCAGCAGAACCAAUUGAACCAGCAGAACCAGCAGGGCAUCAACAACCCGAACUACAACACCUACACCACCUCCAGCACCUAUAAUUACUACAACAACCCGUAUUACGACCAGCUGCCGUAUCUGCGAUUUUUCAACGGCACAUACGACUUCAAAUAUCCAAUGGCGGAGCUAGCCCAGCUGGUUCCAACCCUGGACGGAGUGGAGGUCAUCAUCACUGCGUCUGUCGGCGACCCGUUCCUCGACGAAGUCAUCGAAGGUUACAGCAUAGCCAGGAUCUUCAACUCCUCGCUGGCUGUCACCUUCUUGGGCGGGGAGCUUCAGGUGUUCAAGCCUGCUAUGCCUUUUGACGUUUAUAUGGCAGUGUCGUACCACGACGGGUCGCGGCUUCCGGCGUGGCAGGCGGCCGGCGUGGCGCUCACGGUGACGGGCCAGCUGGAGGGGCGGGGCGGCGCGCUGGAGCCGCAGCGGCCCAGCCUGGUGCCCGGACACGACGCCGUGUGGCAUCUCAAGCUGGAUCUGUUCAAGCUGCUGAAGCUGGAAAACGACCCGAACUCCCGCGAAGUGCUGAACAGUAUAACGGGCCUGCGCCUGUCCGCGACUCUGGGCGACGCGCUGGGGGGCCGCGCCGCCGCCGACGUGCACCUGGUGGCGCACGAGAGCCCCAACCACCACAACCUGCGCGUGUCCACCUCCACCACCGACGCGAGGGUGGGCGAAUACGUCGUAUUCCACGUGCAAAGUAACUUCUACAUGGAGUCGUUCAACUAUGUUGUUAUGUCCAAAGGCAUCAUUCUGACCAGCGGCCAAGAGAUCAUGCAGGAAGGUGUCCGCACAUUCUCCGUGGUGGUGUCGGCGGAGAUGGCGCCGGUGGCCACGCUCGUGGUGUGGACGCAUCGCCGCCGCGCGCACGUGCUUGCCGACUCUCUCACCUUCCCUGUCAACGGCAUUAGCACCAACAACUUCACCGUGCACGUGAACAACCGCAAGCACCGCACGGGCGAGCGCGUGGAGGUGGCCAUCUACGGCGAGCCCGGCGCGUACGUGGGGCUGUCCGCCAUCGACCACGCCUUCUACACCAUGCAGGCCGGCAACGAGCUCACCUACGCUAAGGUGAUAUCCAAGAUGUCGCACUUCGACGAGUCGACGAACGGCACGUUCUCGUACACGUGGCGCUCGCACUUCGGCGACGCGGACGAGCUGGUGUACUUCCCCUCGCCCAGCUUCGGCAUCGACGCCAACCGCACCUUCGAGUACGCGGGUCUAGUGGUGCUAUCGGACGUGGCAGUGUUUCGGCGCUACUCCAUGUGCAACGAGUCGCUAGGGCUUGCGGAGUGUCUGGACGGGACCUGCUACCCGGCCGACAAGCGCUGCGACGGCGCGCCGGACUGCGCCGACCGGACCGACGAGGCUAACUGUAAGCGCGACGACUGGUUCGAGCUGGCGCACUUCCGCAAGUUCCGCUUCAACCGCAUCCAGCGGCAGUACGACAACGUGUGGCUGUGGCGCGACGUGAACAUCGGGCCGCACGGCCGCUACGUGUUCACGCUGGACGUGCCCGCCGCGCCCGCGCACUGGACCGUCUCCGCCGUGGCCAUGUCGCCCGGCGCCGGCCUCGGCAUGCUCGCCAGGCCGCUGACUUACGUGGGUAUCCUGCCGUUCUUCAUCAAAGUGGAGGGCCCCGACCGCUGCAAGCAGGGCGAGCAGCUCGGCCUGCGCGUGGCCGUGUUCAACUACCAGCCGCAGGCCAUCGAGGCGGUCGUGGUGCUCGCCUCCUCGCCCGACUACAAGUUCGUGCACGUUGAGGAGAAUGGAAUCGUGCGCUCGUACAACCCGCGCACGUCGUUCGGCGAGCACCAGUUCUUCGUGUACAUCCUGGCGGGUGACGCGGCCGUGGUGCACAUCCCCGUGGUGGCGGCGCGCCUGGGCCGCAUCCGCGUCGACAUCCACGCCUCCACGCUGCAGGGCCAGCACCGCGUCGCCAAGCUCAUUGACGUCGAGGCCGACGGCAUACCACAAUACAGGCACCAGUCGAUACUUCUAGAUCUUUCGAAUCGUGCCUACGUGUUCCAAUAUAUGCACGUGAAUGUGACCGAGACGCCGAUCAUACCGUACGAAGUGGACCGCUACUACGUGUUCGGCUCCAACAAGGCGAGGAUAUCCAUAGUAGGCGACGUGGUGGGACCUCUCUUCCCGACCAUGCCGGUUAACGCUACGAGCCUUCUAGAUUUGCCUAUGGACUCUGCCGAACAGAACAUGUUCAGCUUCGCAGCGAACAUGUACCUCACGCUGUACAUGCGCCUCAUCAACCAGCGCAACCAUACGCUGGAGCAGGAGUCCUUCUACCACAUGAACAUCCUCUACCAGCGGCAACUGUCCUACAUGAGGCCCGACGGCUCCUUCAGCCUCUUCCGCAGCGACUGGAAUCAAUCCUCAUCGAGCGUGUGGCUGACGUCUUUCUGCUCGAAAAUAUUCCAAGACGCGUCGUUCAACGAGUGGGAGAACUACAUCUACAUUGACCCCAACGUGAUAUCGAUGGCGGUGGCGUGGGUGCUGGAGCACCAGCUGCCGGAGGGCUCGUUCUACGAGGUGACGUGGUCGCCCGACCGCAACGCCAACGACACCGUCGCCGUGCCCACCGACUCGCAGCUGUACCGCGACGCGGCCUACCAGCUCAAGGGGCUGAAGGUCAACAACUCGCUAAUUUUGCAACGGAACAUCACGCUCACAGCUCAAGUGGUCAUAACUCUGGAGUCUGUCAAGAACCUGAAAGAUAUCGGCAUACGAGAGGGUCUGAGCGCGCGCGUGGCGACGGCGCAGCAGCGCGCGGUGUCGUGGCUGGAGCGGCACCUGCAGCUGCUGCACGACUUCGGCGAGCCGCUGGCGCUGGCGCUCGUCGCCUACGCGCUCAGCGCCGCCAAGGCGCCCAGCGCCGAGCACGCCUUCCGCCUGCUCAAGCGCCACCAGCGCGCCGAAGGCGGCUUGGUGUACUGGGGCAAGGAGCCGGUGCCGCAGCCGCCGUACAAGAUGGAGAACCAGAAGCCGUUCCUACUGCCGCGCCUGCCCUACAAGUACGACUCCAACAACGUCGCCGCCACCGCCUACGCGCUGCUGGCCUGCAUGGACCAUCAGGACAACAACGAACCGAUCGUUAUGUGGCUUAACUCACAGCGUCUCAAAGAUGGCGGUUGGGCGUCUACGCAGGACACGUACAUCGCCCUGCGCGCGCUCAUCGAGUACACGAACCGCAAGCGGCUGCGCGACGUGAGCGGGCUGGCCGUCAGCGUGGAGGCGGUGGCGCUGGGCGGCGACACGCGCCAGCUGCGCGUGCGCAACGACAACCUCGCCGUCAUGCAGAGCAUCGACGUCCCGGAGGCGUGGGGCACGGUGAAGGUGACGGCGCGCGGCGCGGGCUACGCCAUCCUGCAGAUGUCGGUGCAGUACAACGUGGACAUCGAGCGCUUCCAGACGCCGCCGCCCGCCGCCUGCUUCUCGCUGCUCGCCAACGCGUACUACCACGGCAGGAAUCAGUCGCACAUCCGCUACCAGACCUGCGCCAGGUACCGCACACCGUGCACCACACACACAUUACACACGUGGCCACACACAGUACAACGUGGACAUCGAGCGCUUCCAGACGCCGCCGCCCGCCGCCUGCUUCUCGCUGCUCGCCAACGCGUACUACCACGGCAGGAAUCAGUCGCACAUCCGCUACCAGACCUGCGCCAGGUACCGCACACCGUGCACCACACACACAUUACACACGUGGCCACACACAGUACAACGUGGACAUCGAGCGCUUCCAGACGCCGCCGCCCGCCGCCUGCUUCUCGCUGCUCGCCAACGCGUACUACCACGGCAGGAAUCAGUCGCACAUCCGCUACCAGACCUGCGCCAGGUACCGCACACCGUGCACCACACACACAUUACACACGUGGCCACACACAGUACAACGUGGACAUCGAGCGCUUCCAGACGCCGCCGCCCGCCGCCUGCUUCUCGCUGCUCGCCAACGCGUACUACCACGGCAGGAAUCAGUCGCACAUCCGCUACCAGACCUGCGCCAGUUGGACGAUGCUGGAGGAGUCGCCGCGCUCGGGGCUGGCCGUGCUGGAGGUGGGCAUCCCCACGGGCUACAUGGUGCAGCAGCAGCGCCUCGACACCUACGUGCUGUCGCGCGCCGUGCGCACGCUGCAGCGCGCCAAGUACCAGCCCGACAAGCUGCUCUUCUACUUCGACUACCUGGACCAAGAGCGCACGUGCGUCAACUUCACGAUCGAGCGCUGGUACCCCGUGGCCAACAUGUCGCGCUACCUGCCCAUACGCGUCUACGACUACUACGCGCCCGAGCGUUUCAACGAGACGAUAUUCGACGCGCUGCCCACAUAUCUGCUGAACAUCUGCGAAGUGUGCGGCUCGUCCCAGUGCCCCUACUGCUCCAUAUACAACGCGGCGGCGACCGCGCAGCUGUCGGUACUGCUGCUCGCCACACUCGUCGCGCUACACAGGAACAUAAGAACGAUGUAUGACACGUAGCGACGUGUAUGACCUUUGUAUGACAUUACCGUGGGUAUUACAAUACAUUUGCGGACAUAUCUAUAAAAAAAAAUAUGAAAAUACAUAUUAAUUGAUGACGGCUAUUACAAUACAUUACAUACAUUAUAUUACAAUACAUUUGCGAACAUAUAUAUAAAAAAAAAUAUAAAAAUAUAUAUUAAUUGAUUAUGAUACACGGCUAAAACUCACGUGAUAGGUCGGAGUAUGCCCGAUUAGUUUCGAACCCAUACGGGGCUGUUUAAAUAUGUUGGAACUUGGAAUUAGAUGGCCAUAUAAAAUUCUUGUGCAAAUCUUUUAAACAAAAACGUGUAUUCCUCAAGGUGAAAAAUUGAAAGUCAAGUUUACAAAGGUUCAAUUCAAUUCAAUUCUUUUUAAUGGCUUUCAUUUGUGCCAACUGGGCACGGUUUAUCUCGCCCGUGUCGAGUAGAUGGAGAAGGCACGGAGAUUGUUCGGUGAAAGCUGACAAGUUCAAUUUGGCGCAUCUACUAGAUAGUUACUAUUAAAUAAUAUUUUUGUUAGUUCCUAACCUAUAACAAAGGUUAUAAUUAUCACUGACACUGACAACUGACAAGUUCAAUUUGGCGCAUCUACUAGAUAGUUACUAUUAAAUAAUAUUUUUGUUAGUUCCUAACCUAUAACAAAGGUUAUAAUUAUCACUGACACUGACAACUGACACAUGACGUUUUACAUUUUUAAUUUAUUAGUGUUGCUACCCUUUUAGUAUAAAUGAACAGGGGCCCUUAGUCAUGAGCUGGUUCUUGCAUCGCGGCACGAUCAGUUUGGACCUAAUAUCACGUGAGUUUUAGCCGUGUUUCAUAAUCAAUUAAUAUGAAUAACACUCACGAUAGUUUAAAUUCUAAAAAAUGAAAAUACACAUUUAAAAUUUAUUAAAAUUUAAGCAUCAAACUUUUUCAAAUUAAAGUGAACUUCAAGUAGUAGUUUGAUGAUUAAAUUAUGUUUAUAAAUAUGGCCGUUGAUGUAUUGGCAAUGAACCCAAUUUGACAAUAAUCACCGUUUAACAUAGACAAAAAAGGUAAUAGACGAAUAGAUAGCGUAUAUCGUAUUCUUGUAAAUAAGAGAGCAGCUUAUGUAUGGACUCAGUAAAGAAACGAGACAAGACCGCCCGUGCCCAUACUGUAUGUGUGUACGCAUAGGUAAUACAUAUUAUAAUAAGCUAAAAUCAAAACUGCGGGGAUAUUAGCGAGCGCAGUGAUCGCUCGCCGUUGCGUUUUUAAGGUCCCGUUGAUUCCUAAAAUUUUCCAUAGGUCAUCUUGACACACAAUGAUCCAAAACAUCAAUGUUUGCAUCGGACUGUACAAUAGAUUUGAUGUAUUGGCAGCUAAUAACUUGACAAUACCAUUUACCGUAGAUAGAGAAAGUAAUAGACGAUUAGAAAGCAUAUGACGUAUACCCGCAAAACGGCUAGCGUAUAUAAUUGGAUAAGGCAACGCGAUUCGAUAUUCGAUGAUGAAAUGAAUCGUGCCUGUUUUUUCAGACAAACAAGUUUGACAAUUGUUAUUCAUUAAAAUAAAAUAAUUGUGAGCAUAAAAUGAAUAUAUAGUUCAAAAUAUAUAUUUGUUAUAUUUCAAGAAAAAUCGUGAAAAAAUGGUUUAGUGAAGUAUUUCGGUGAAAAUUACAUCAAAAUCGAUUGUCUUUUGACUGACUACGGCACGCCAAUCACGCGAACCUUUCUCUGUCUACAGUUUAACAUGUAAUAAAUCUCUGCUCGACAGUGGUUUUGCUGCAAUUGGUUUCGUCAAUGUUUACAAUUUAUUGUAUAGCCCUUAUUGCUUGGAUUUAUUAAAGGUGCAAACAUCGAAGCUCAAAUGGCAUUUAAUAACAGUGUUCACAAAAUAAAAACUAAAAUAUUUUAUAUUUAGACUUAUAUUAUUGCUACAUAUUUUUCAAAAAUGUAAUUUUUCAUUUACCGACUGCAAUAUACAAGAUACUAAAAUAAGAUCAAAAAGUAACCAACUUUUUUCUGAAUGAAAGUUUAAAAAAAUUGUGAUCAUUUAAUUAAAAAAAUAGGUUAUUAAUGUAUUAGUUUAAUGCUGUAAUACAAAUUCUACUUGAGCCUAACAUACAUUUUUUCAGUUUUAUCUAAAUCAAUUGGGGUAUGUGUAUGUAUUAUCCUAUUACAUUGGUAAUGGUUUCAGUAGUUAUAGGGAGGUCUUCCAAAUGAGUGAGAGUGAAUUUUUCACAACAUGCAUAUGUAUUUGUCUACUUUUCGAAGUCUAUUUGGCUUGGGUUAUAGCUGUUAGCACCACAGACAAGCAUUUGAUAGUAACUUGUAAAGAAUAAAAAAAAAAGACAACAUAGACCACCGUCCAGGGUUAAGUGUUUGAUGUCAUAAAAGCAAUCUGCAAUCUGCCCCUAUCCUUAAGUGAACUACAAAGGAUUCAUUUUUGGCAGUUCAUUGUGGAGCAAAACCCAUUGUUGAGGCGCGCAGUGUAACGCCAGCCACACACAAGCAGUUUUACUGUUAAAUAUGCAAGACACAUAAGAAUGUGACAGUGAAAAAUAUCGAAAUCAUACGUAUUACAACAUUUUUUUUUUUUCACUUGACGGCAGACUGGACGGUUUUGAGCGUGUGUGGCUGGCGUAAGAUAUUUUCUUAGUCCAUUCCAGUGUAGUUAUAUAGUAUUAUAACGAGUGUUCAUUUAGCUGUACUAUUAAAUUUGUACAAAUAGAGCCUUUAUUUGUACGAAACAAUACUGAAAGAUUAAUUAAAAACAAGCUAAAAUGUGUUAAAUAGUUGUCUAUCCUUUUUCCGUACUGCAAAUAGAUUGUAAAUCUUAUAUAGAUUCGAACCUUCUUUAGUAGUCCCUUUGUUUAAGUAACAUAGUGAAAAGGAUACGUACUAUAUUAUUUUUAGACCUGUCGACUUAUAUUUAGUUAAGUUUGCAUACAAUUGAAUUAAUACCACGUUUCAAUUUUAAUUUUGUAUAGGUCGCGCGACGGCUUAUAACCUCACUUUAAACAAACUGACUUACUGUGGCUUCACCCACUGUGAGUACUCUUAAUGGUCAUAGCAUACAUAACACUUUGGAAAGUUAUUGUCACUGUAUCAACUUAAACCGUUCUAUAUUCUUUGUACGAUAUUCCUUACUGUGAAGCAAAUUAAUCGAAAUCGUCUCGCCUUUAGACAAAUAGCUCUUUUCUGUAGCGUUGUUUUUAUAACUCAACAGUUUGUAUUUUGAAUUCGUCACUAUCUGUCUCUGUCUAAAGUACAAUGUUAGACAGAGAGAGAUAGAGACAUUAUUAGUUGCUACAGAACAGCUUUAUAGAGCUCAAACAGAGGUGAUAUGGUGACGAUACCUUUCUGAGUUGAUAUGUGUGCUGCGACCUUUAACGACACGCGACAUGUAGUAGAUUUUAAACAAUAACUGGCUUGAUAUUACUUUUAGUUUCCGGUGCUGCUAUUUUUCAAUUUAAUAUCCGAGUGAUUACAAAUACUUACUUGCAGCUGCAUUUGAUGCAUCCCUUGCCUUUAAGAUUUUAAAGUGCGAUUCACUUCUUGUGUAAAUAUAAGUAUUUUAGGAACAUAUUUUUAAUGUACUUUGUAAGGAUAACAUUUUUCUCAUAUUUUGUGUACUUUUCUAAAUUUAUAAUUUUUUUUCAAUAAUUUAAUGACAAUAUUGCAAUAUUAUAUAAAAAAUAAAUGUCAAUAAAAUUGCCUUAUUAGUCCAAGACUUAUAACUUAGAAUACAGUUUAAAAUUAUAUGAAAGAUUUAUUGGAAAAAUAUAAAGAGGUAAAUUUUUAGUUAAAUUAUUAAUAAAAAUCAAAAUAUUUACACAUAUUUUUCAAACAUAUCGGCAGAUAAAUAUAUGAAUGUACAAAUUUGGCAACUACCGUCCAAAAAGCAUGUAUUUAUGAAUUAAUAUAAAUUAAUUAUGAUAUAAAUAAAUUAAUGCUAUAUUAAUGAAUCUCAUUAUAUACUUUGUAAGAUUUUACUUAAUUAGUUUUCCGUCCAAAAUUACCAAUGACUGAAGUUUUUUUUAUACUUUUAUAAGUAUUUAUAUUUUCAAGUAUGUAUAUUAUUUUGUGUGUAUAUUUUAAGUUUAUUAGUAUUUUUUGAAUAAGAAACAUAUGUUUUGAGCAACAAUUGUUGUUUCAAUCUACAUUUAGAGGCAUCUCAUGUUGCAAUGGAAAAUAAGCUUGAGAAAAAAAAAUCUGUUUUUUUAAUAUAUUUUUUUUUAAUUGAAAUAUUGACCUUUGAUAGUAAACUGAAAUGUAUUUCUUACUAUAGUACGUUUAACGAGGCAAUAUAAGUGACGACAUAAAACAAAUUGACAACAUAAUUGCUUACUAAGUUACUACACUUAAGGAUAGAGAUAAUACUCAACUUACUUUCGUUUGUCUUACAUGAAGUAUGUUAGCCUGCUUCCAUGUUGCAUUAUCACUUACCAUCGGGUGAGAUUGUAGUCAAGAGCCCUUUAACUCUUAAGAAUAAAAAAAAAUCCAAGAAGCGCGAGGGACUUCGGGAGGGAGGGACACUGCUGAUACCUAAAACCUUGUCUUGCACAGCUUAAGUCAGCCAUUGAUGGUCAAUUAUUAUCACGUUUCUGCAGCGCACACGGCAGCAAAGACGUUUCAUAAGUCGAGCCGUCAUGCAUGUGACCAAUACACGAUCAGUUAUAUUUAAUAAUUGAUCGUCAAUGGCGAAAAAAAACGAUGUUCCGAAACGUCAUAAAGUUUGCAUCGUGCUGAGACGUAGUAAUGGUCAGGUUGUUUAUGUGUUUUAUCUCGCCUCGUUAAACAUAGCAUAGAAUACAAAUACAAGUAUAGCUUGAUUAGAUUAUAUAUUAAAAAAAACAGGACGGCGCCUCAAGUAUUUAUAGCAUUAUCCGUAUGCUAAAGGUACACGCUUGUUUUUUUUUCUGGUCAUGCUAUACAUCAGUGAUGAUCAAGGCUGUUGUAUCCAUAAUGAUGAAGCUCGAACUUUCUGCAUAGAAAUGCAUUUCAAAAUGUGUAUAGGUAUAAAUUGUAAUUCAACAAACUGUUUAGUGGCAGCUAACUUUCAUUGUAUUAUUUUCCAAAUUAAAAGUAUGUACAAAACA